UUGCCCUGCUUUCUGUUGUUAUGUUGCAGCUCUCAUUGGUUACGGCGGUGUUGCCAAGGCCGCUCAUCAGAUUUACAGUAAGAGAUUCAUUUUAUUUUUUUAAUUUCACUGGGUUUUUUUUUUGACAUUUUCAGUGAAUACGCUGGUUUGAUGGGAGGCUAGCUAACUUACUGUUUAAGAAUCAAGUAAAAACUGUUACUCCAGUGGUAACACAGCGACUGAAAACUGUCUUUAUUAAAAGAAAAUACGUAACAUAGGUGUAGCUACGAAUGUACCAGGUCAAAAAACUACUUUGAGCAGUUUAGCUACAGAUCCUGCAGUGCUACUAAGUACAUCUGGCAUCUUUCAGCCCAGGAACUGUAACUUAGGCCCUCUUUGUCUUUUUUUCUUAUUUUUCAGUAACCGAAUGUUAAUUACUGAAUUGCAGACGAAAAAAAAAUACUUUCCUGACAAUUUUGCUUUAAGCAAAAUGAUUUAUUAUUAUUUAAAAAUACUGAGAAAAGUUCGUUUUACUUGUUAUUCGGCUACAACUGUGAGUUGUGUUAAGGAGUCCAGAUGUUACAUUUAGAUCCACACGAGCGUGUUGAUAUUGAUCAACGGAUGUUAUUUGUUAACUUUGUGUUUUAAUGUUACUCAACUGAAAGUCUAUCACUUGAACUGUCACCUCAGCUCAGGACCGUCACCUCACCUCCAUUUCGACUCCAAGGCAUUGACAGCUUGUAUUAUCUGGCACUUCUAUCCUACACUAUGGAGCGGCGCCCCCUAGUGGCACCACCGUGGGACUGUCUCUCCCUGCAGUUCUUCACUGUCAGUGCUAAAGUGGCAUGGCUAGCGAUGGUGAACAGCAGUGGGUGCUGAAACAGGAGUGAGGGAGCGGGCUGUUAGGGUAUUGUGCUAUUCAUGAACCUCUACACUUGAGGAGCAGAGGAGCGUCGAUCACGUUGCACUCAAGUAUUUAUGGAGAGUGUUAAUGGAGAGCGUUGUCUACGUUACAAACAUCCAUAAGUAAGUCGGGGGUCAGAAAUUCUAUGCGUGGUCACAGUUUUCUCGUCUGGCCACACCGUAUACAUGCCAUAAAUGCCUAGAAAAGAGAGGAGUCCUCGAACUUCCAAUGUGAUGCAUCUGUGCAAGAGGAAAAUCACUCGACUAAGAUGGGUAAUAAGCAAACGAUAUUUACUGAUGAACAGCUAGAUGCCUACCAGGACUGCACAUUUUUCACACGCAAAGAAAUCCUUCGGCCCUAUUUGGAUCUGUGGCAGCUCUCCAGAAGUGGACUUUUGCUGUUGAUGGGUAUCCUUCAUGGUUACAUGGAAGAUUCCAUGAACUGGCUCCACAUUUAGUUCCGAUGGACUACACAGAUGAUCCUGAUGUUAAAAUCCCUUUAGCUCUCAUAGUCAACAUGCCAGAACUUAAGGAAAACCCAUUCCGGGACAGGAUUGUGGAGUCUUUCUCAGAAGACGGCCUAGGGAACCUCAGCUUCAAUGACUUUGUGGACAUGUUUUCGGUCCUGAGUGAGAUGGCCCCUAGAGAGCUAAAAGCCAUUUAUGCUUUCAAAAUAUAUGAUUUCAAUGUUGAUAAUUACAUCUGCAAGGAGGACCUUGAGAAAACUCUGAACAAGCUGACGAAGGAGGAACUGACUCCAGAAGAGGUGAACUUGGUGUGUGAGAAGGCUAUUGAGGAGGCUGACUUGGAUGGUGAUAGUAAGCUCUCCUUCGCUGACUUUGAAAACAUGAUCUCCAGGGCUCCUGACUUUUUAAGCACCUUCCAUAUACGAAUCUAAGAGGGCUUUCUUCUUCAUGAGAGAUUACUCAGUCACACUUCUUUGGAGCUCCUGACUGCAACUUGAAAUCUUCUUGAAAACCUUGGAAACAUAGAGACCAUAGUAGUGCCUGUCCUCUACGGCUCUGAAGAGUUCUUACCUAGACCUUUUCAAACAGUGCUCACUUGGGGAAACAGGAUUUUGGAUCUCUUUGGCUCUGUAUUUACCUUUUUUUCUGAGGAAGCACAUUUUAGAAAGAGGAAUACCAACAAAAUGCAUGACUUUUUCCUGCUGGAAAAGUUGCACUGCUGUUUCUGAUCUUCAGAAUGGAAGAAAAAACACCUGGAGGCUUAGGGUCUGUGUGGCCCCUGCACCUGUGUGCUGUUUGAGGAAGACUAGAGUAUGGACUGCUCUUAUAGUCUUAUUCCUCUAUGUCAGACUCUCCUCCUGAUGAUUCUUCUCACCUAGGAUUAAGAUACAUGUGGUGCAGAGGUGGACAGAUGAAGACGGAAGAAGAAGGGAAGACUGGCAUAAUGUAGAGAUGUAUAAAGGAUAGAAAGGGCGAAAAAGCAAGGGAAAGAAAAAGAGGGCUAAAAGCACAGCACUGGCAUCACAGUCAAAAAAACUUUUUUUUAUACAGCUAUGCAAUCUUUCUCCAUGAAAUGCAUGAGUUGCAUUAAGUUUGCCCCCUGCUAUAAAUUGCUUUUGGUGUGUCUGGUUAUCUUGUUUCUCGUACUGCUUAUAGGACUGGAGCAUGACGACAAUCAUAUCAAACUGUUCUCCAGUUGAACGAAGGGCUCUGUCAUCUUGUCUUAUAUUCCACCAUACAUUUUUGUUGUGCUCUUCCCCUUCUCUAGUAUGAACGUGACAUGUGAUAGCAUCACCUGUCUCUUAACUUCAGGCUUUUUUCCAGUAUUUGAUGUUAUAGAGGGCAUUUGACUUAACUUUGAAUAAACAAUUUUCUGUCGUU